GUGGUCGUUGGUUAUAUGGUCACAAAAGUCUAGGCCCAUAACACAUAACCCGACCAUAUUUUUACAGAAGAAAUCCUUUUGUAUUCAAAUGACGUUCGAACGAUUUACAAUGAAUGAUGAGAAUUCCACCCAACAAAUCAAAAAGUACACCUUCUACACAAGUUCACAAAACAGCAACAGCAAUUCGAAAGAGGAAUUGGAAAUUUUGAUACCCGAGAAAGAAAAGUCUGCCGGCUACUCAUUAUUUACGUGGCGUUGUGCUCCACUGCUCGCUUGGUUUCUGUGGGACCGAAGGAAAGCUUUGCCGAACUUGAAAAUAUUGGAAAUCGGUUGUGGAACCGCAUUGCCUGGAAUUUUAGCUGCUAAAUGUGGUGCUCAUGUCACACUGAGCGAUAGUUGCACUCUACCGAAAACACUGCAUAACAUCCGCAAUUCGUGUUUGCUGAACAAUUUACAACCGGGCAAAGAUAUCGACGUGAUCGGCUUGUCGUGGGGUGUGCUUCAAAACAAUAUUUUCACAUUGGGUCCCAUCGAUUACAUAAUCGCGUCUGACUGUUUCUACGAUCCGAGCGUAUUCGAAGAUAUUCUGGCGACCAUUUCGUUUUUGUUGGACAGAAAUCCAUCGGCGAAAUUCAUCUUUUCGUAUCAGGUUCGCAGCUCCGACUGGUCCAUUGAGGCGCUGCUGAAGAAGUGGAACUUAAGUGCUGUGAAUAUAAACGUCGAUCCGAUCGGCCGGGAAUCGGGUCUCGAUUUGAACGAUUUGUUGGGCAGUCAUACCAUUCAAUUGCUGGAGAUAACGAAGAGCUGACCAUGUCGGCGACAAAGAUAGCCCAAAAAUUGUUUGUUCGGAAUCUACCGUGGACCGUUAGCAGUGGACAGC